AUGUGGGCAACCUGUUGUAACUGGUUUUGUCUGGAUGGACAACCUGAGGAGAUGCAGCAGCGGCCGCAGCAGGGUGCCAGACCCCAGGCAUAUGCCAACCCAGGUUACAGCUCCUACCCUUCUCCUACAGGUUCUGAACAGAACUGCAAGGCGUGUGGGGUGCACUUUGCAAAUUCCUCCAGGAAGCACAUCUGCUUUGACUGUAAAAAGAAUUUUUGCACUUCCUGUUCAAGCCAGCCUGAAAGCAGUCCCCUUCUCUGCCAUCUCUGUCAGCGGUUCCAAGCCACAGCCUUUCAGCGGGAGGAGUUGAUAAAGAUGAAAGUGAAGGAUCUACGAGACUAUCUGGCACUACACGAGGUUUCCACAGAGUUGUGCCGUGAAAAGGAAGACCUGGUGUUUCUCAUUCUUGGGCAGCAGCCUGUAAUCACCCAGGAGGAUAGAAUACGAAUCCCGCCAUUAAACUCUGGCACAUCUGGACAGCAAAGCUUUGUUAUUCUGCCACAGACCAGCACAGCAUCUUCUACCUCACAUGAUGCCUCUCCAAUGUCUGCAGACUCCAUCUUGAGUCCAAUAACUCAGGAACAUCAACAGGCAAAUGGGCAUGUGCCUCCAAGCCAAGACGAUAUGACAGAAAUUGAGAAUGCAGCAGAAGCACCAACAGAGGAGGAGACACAGUCUGUUGACUCGGAGGAUAACCUGGUACAGGGGCGGAGGGCCUCUCUUUCUGACCUCACGAGUGUUGGAGACAUUGAUGCGCUCUCGGUGCGACAGCUGAAGGAAAUCCUGGCUCGCAACUUUGUCAACUAUAAAGGCUGCUGUGAGAAGUGGGAGCUGAUGGAGAGGGUGACCCGUCUUUAUAAAGAGAAAGACCUUCAGCAUCUGGUUUCUGACACGGAUGAUCAAAAUGUUUCCUCAGGCAGUGCUGGGCUCCCUAGCACUGAAGAGAAUCUCUGCAAAAUCUGCAUGGACUCACCAAUCGACUGUGUCCUGUUAGAAUGUGGCCACAUGGUCACCUGCACCAAGUGUGGAAAGCGUAUGAGUGAGUGUCCCAUAUGCAGGCAGUAUGUGAUCAGAGCUGUCCAUGUAUUUAAGUCCUGAGUGAGCUGGAGGAAGACCAGUGUUGCCUUAAAGCCUCAUCUGCUGUUAGAGAUGGUCAGAAUCUCUACAGGUAGGUCAGAAACUGGCAUGUAGGACCUCACAAGAAAUCCGAAGUUCAUAGGCGAGAUGAGGAAAGGAGAAAGCUUGGGGAAUUGUUCUGAUUGAAGCCAUUGACUGGCUGUGCCCUUCACACCACAGUGCUUUACCCUGCAGUGCCUAGACUCCGGG